AUUACCUUGAAGACCUUGAUUGACUACGUUUGGUCGAGGGGUUAUUAUACAAAUAAACGCAAUUUUAUUAAUGCAUGGUGUCAUCCUAUGGUAGGCCUGGUUGGGGCUGAUGUUGCAGUCCUAUGGAAUAUUGAAGGUUGUCAUCAGUUAGUAGUUCAACAGUUGGUGUCAUCAGUUGGUCAUAGAGAAGAUCAUGAAUACUCUGCCCUCCUUGUGGCUUUUAAGCAGUAGAAGGAAAAGUUGAAGAUGGAAUUACAAACCUGGAAUUAUAUAAUCAAAUGACUCAAGGAUUUUCUAUUUUGUUUUAUACUUAUAAUUAGUAGACAAUAUUGUGUGUGAUAAACUUGAUCAAAUUUUUAAUGACUGUUGUGAUCUAUGAAGAAAUCCUGGAAGGAAGAUGAGAGAGGAAUGAUGGUACAGGUGCGGGGUGACUUGUAAAGCAAUUGGACUGCAAGUUGUGUGAAGAGAUUGGGAACAAGUUAAAGGAGCCAUGGUUUUGACUGGAUUAUUUUUCCUUGUCAUACUACCAGCAGUAGCUCAAGGCACGCUGGGCGGCUCUCCGGUGCCGACCCGUCCGCUGCUGGUCCGCCAGCCCGAUGACGUGGUGGUGGACGCCGAGCGCCCGGCAGCACUGCACUGCCAGCCGCCAGAGGGUGCCUCGGUGGCCUGGCGUCACGGCGGCCUGCUCCUUAGCCCGUCACCGGACAGGACCCAGUCGGUGAACGGCUCGUUGCACUUUGUCUCAGUGCAGCCGGCCGACGAGGGUGACUACCAGUGUCAGGUGACGCUGCCAGGGGGCGGCAUUCUGCUCAGCAGGAGGGCCUCGCUGCAGCUGGCAGAGCUGGAAUCGGCCGGCGGCCGGGCGGCCCAGCAGACCGUGUUCCUCGGUCAGACGGCGCGGCUCGAGUGUGGCGUGCGCGGUCGGCCGGCACCCUCCAUCUCCUGGCUCAAGGAUGACCAGCCGCUGCAGCUGGACACGUCACGGAUGACGGUGCUGCCGUCGGGCGCGCUCGAGCUCGACCACGCGCAGAUGUUCGACCAGGCCGACUACGUGUGUCGGGCGGAGAACGAGCGCGGCUUCGUGCUCGGCCCGCGGGUCCGGCUGGGGAUCAACACAAACUAUGACGAGGCUUCCGAGCAGGCGGCGCCGACGUUUGUCGCCCGUCCGGCCGACACCGAGGCCCUCCGAGGCGAUAAUGUGACGCUGGAGUGCGCCGCCAACGGCAACCCGCGGCCACAGGUCACCUGGCUCAAGGACGGCAACACCAUCAACAUGUCGUACCUGGACCGGCGCUUUUUCCGCGUCGGAGUCAGCAGCCUUCAGAUCGUCGAUGUACGAGAGGAGGACUCUGGAUCCUACCAGUGUCGGAUCUACAACUCUGCGGACUCCGAUGAUGCCAGCGCGCGGCUCAUCGUCAAAGCUCCGCCAGAGUUCGUGGUGCGGCCCAGUCCGACAUCAGCCGCCGAAAAGGAGGACGUGGAGCUGACCUGCGAGGCGCGCGGUUCGCCGACACCGACCAUCACCUGGACUAAGGACGGCGAGCGACUGCAUAACUCAAACUACUUCCAGUUGGCGGACGGCGGCCGGCGACUGCGAAUUCUCGGCUUGGUGCCGCGUGACGCCGGUAUCUACCAGUGUUUCGCGUCCAACGACGCCGGUAACAUCCAGACGGCGGCGCGGCUGUCCGUUAGGGACAUGGACUCCGACGGCCGUACCCUGAACGGCGGCGGUGCGGGAGCGGCCGCGCCCGGAGACGACUCCGACGGCACAGCAGCCUCUGCUCCUCGCGGCUUCAACGCCAGUUCGGUGGGCUCCCGGGAGAUGACGCUGGUCUGGCGGGAGCCACUGAGCAGCUCUGGCGCCGUCACCGGCUACUCGGUGGUCUACCGCGAACAGGGCUCGGACAGGGAGCGAGUCCAGAACACGUCCGCCGGCUCGUCGGCGCCCAGUGUGCAGCUGCACGGCCUCCAGCCGGACACCGAGUACGAGCUGAGCGUACGCGCGCUGCUGGGCGCCGCCGGCGGCCGGCCGUCGCCGCCGCUGCUGCUGCGCACGCGGCCCGAGCGGACGGUGCCGGCGGCGCCCGGCCGACUCCGGCUGACCGCCGUCGGAGCCACCCGGCUGCUGGCGCGCUGGGAGCCUGUCGAGCCGCCGCCCGACGGAUACACCCUCUACUUGACCCAGUCUGGCGGCGAUGGGACGCGAACCUUCAACACCACGGCCACGGAGCUACUGGUGGGUGAGCUGCGCAAGUUUACCGUCUACCGAGCCCGCGUGGCUGCCCUGGGCCCGGCCGGCGUCGGCCCGAGCUCCGCCGAGCAGAGCGCUACGACCUGGAGCGACGUGCCCUCCGAGACUCCGCAGAACGUCACCGUCCAGACGGACAGCGAUACGAGCGUGGUGCUGCACUGGCAGCCGCCGCCCCCUGAGCAGCGGAACGGUCACAUCACCGGCUACAAGAUCCGCUACAAGCUGCAGUCGGGCGGCGGCGGCCAGCGGGCGCAGACGGUCGUCACGGACGCCAGUCGACGCACCCACACACUCACCGGCCUGAAGAAGGAUGCCGAGUACCUGGUGAAGAUGGCCGCGCUGACAGUGAACGGCACGGGCCCGUACACGCGCUGGCACGCGGCGCAGACCUUCCACCGACUGCAGGUGGAGACGACCGUACCCGACCAGCCGGCGAGCCUCAGAGCCCGUCCCACGGAGACCACCAUCACCGUGCUCUGGUCGCCGCCGCUCAACGACAACAUCCGUGUGCGCGGCUACAAGAUCGGCUGGGGCCGCGGUGUGCCCGACACCUACACGGAGCUGAUCGACGCCGAGCGGCAGCGCUUCUACGUCAUCGACGGACUCGAGCCACACAACGAGUACGUGGUAUCGCUGCGCGCGGUGAACGCGGCCGGACCGGGUCUGCCCAUUUACGAGACGCUGUGGACGCGCGAUCGUCCGGCCGACGCCCGGCCGCUGGUCAUACCGACCGGCCUGAAGGUGACAGAGGUCACCGACUCGACUGCCUCGCUCGAGUUCACCGACCGUUCGCUGCCGUCACAGGAUGAGCCGGCGGACGGCCGUCAGUACCGGGUGCGGUACAGUACCCAGGCCAACCCGGACCGGUACCGGUACCAGAACGCUACCGGACUGAGCUGCCGAGUGGAGGGACUGCGGCCGGCCACCACCUACGAGUUCUCCGUGCAGACCGUCAAGGGUCACCGCGAGUCGGACUGGUCGCUAGUGGUGGAGAACCGCACCCGGGAGGCGCCGCCGUCGUCCCCGCCGCGCGACCUCACCAUCGUGCAGUCGGAGGAGAACCCGGCCAUCAUCAACCUGAGCUGGCAGCCGCCGCGCGCGCCCAACGGGCCCAUCGACGGCUACGUGAUCCUGUACACGACGGACCGCUCGCUGCCGGACCGCGAGUGGCGGGUGCACCCAGUGGUUGGUGACCGGAUGACGACCACCAUCACCGGCCUGACGCCCUCCACCCACUACUGGUUCCGCAUCCAGGCCCGCAACGGCGCCGGCACCGGGCCCAUCUCCCGCGCAGAGAAACUGCUCACCAGCUCAGACCCUGGCUACAGCCUCACGCGACAAAAGGCUGGUGGUGGUCUCGGCGACAACCUGUUGUACGUCAUCAUCGCCUGCGCCGUGACACUGCUCCUGGUGGUGACCAUAGUGGCCGUAGUGUGCCUCUGUAAACGACAGCCGGCCGGCCGGCUGGCCAACGACCGGCGCGGCCACAAGAGUAACAGCUACGUGAAGAGUCAGACGGAGAUCGGCACGCCGGACCUGAAGCCGCCCGAUCUGUGGAUCCAUCACGACCAGAUGGAGCUGCGGCCGCUGGGCAAGCACCGCUCGGACAGCUGCGGUUCGCUGCGGCGGCCCUCGCCCGACUACGAGCCCGACGGGCGCGCCUACUCCUCCACACUGGACAGGAAGGAGCGCCUGCUGCGCGCUCAGUCGCCCGGCGCAGGAAAAGGGUACGCUUACAGAGCCCGCAGCGAGGACCGGCUGAACGCACAGCUCCAGCGGCGCUCCUUUAAACCAAAGCCGAUCGUUGUGCCCAUUGAUGUGGCGCAGAACGCGGAUCCCGGUAGCUCGGCCACGGCCCUGGCGAACGGCACGGUGGAGACACGUCCCGUGUACCCGCGCACCCAGUUCAGCAUCUCCCGGGCCGGUGUGGAGCCGCCGCCGCCGCCAGCGCCGUCGGCCCCGGAGAGCCACUACGGCGCCGGCCUGGGCCUGACGUCGGCCUCCUCGUCGGAGGCGGCCGGGCCGGCCGGUCUGCCGCCCGGCUACUCGGCUAGUUCGGCCAGCAGCAUCGACUCCGGAUCGCUGGGCAAGCGCGUGCCGCCGCCCACACACCCGCUCAAAAGCUUCGGCGUGCCGGCGCCGCCGCCGCCGCUGCCGGCCGGGCCGCGCGCGCUCGGCAGCCCCCUGAAGAGACCGUCGUUCGCCAGCUCGCCCCGGGCCAGCGACGGUCCGUGCAGUCGGGAGGAGAUGCUGCCACUUCAGCCGUCCUACAGCACCGAGGAGCUGACGCAGGAGAUGGCCAACCUGGAGGGUCUGAUGAAGGAUCUGAACGCCAUCACCGCCUCCGAGUUCCAGUGCUAGUGGCGCCGCCCAAUGAGGCAGCUACCGGCGACCGGCGCGGGCCCGCCGCGGCCCCAGGACUGAGCCGGCGCCGCACAGUGAGCGAUAGUUGUGUUCCUUUUGAGUCAUUAUUUGUGCCAAAGGCAGCAUUGUACCAAGUUUUCUUUUUGUAACGCUUUUUACGGAGUAGUGACACUGUACCGUUGCGGGGGAUGGUGUGGACUAUGUGGACGCGCGGCGGCGGGUCUGUCGUGCGCCCCGUGUGGACAAUGUGGACUGGGCGCGCGCCCGGUGGACGGUCUUUUAGACCUCUGUCCCAGUGGACAGGUGUCUGUCGACUCCGGCAGUCAGCGACCAGCUCUGUACCUAUUGUACAUACAAUAUCGCAUUCGGCGCACGUUUCCGUUCCGGCACCCCGCACAACGUAGCUUUGUCUGUAGUUGGAAUCUCGCAAGACCGCCCGAGUACAAUGUGUUUAUGUAUUUUCCUAGCGUUACGUUGGCCGUCCAGUGUUCCGCGUAACGCGUGUGCGCCCUACCACUUUCCCGUGACCUUUUUUAUUAUGCGUGGACACUGGCGCUGUUCCUGCACUGAUUGCAACUUUGUCGUAAUGUAUUCUAAUACAUUUUAUACUGCGCGUAA